AUGGCUGGACGUUAUGAGAGGGUAAAUGCCCAAGAUGACGACGACUUCAACAGCCCCAACUCUGCGCCGUCAAGACACCCACAACCCGUACCUAAUUCUCCUCCUCCCUCAUUUCAUUCGAGAGCAUCAUCGCGCGACCGCGCCAACCGCGGAGUCGACACGACCCUCGCCGAUGCCUUCGAUACAGACGGCGACGAUAGUGAUGAAGACGCCGACGACCGACAAAGAUUAGUCCGCACCGACUCCACCCACGCCUCCGCCGACGCAUCACGCAACCAGUCUUCGGAUGCGAGACCCCCCGCCGACAGGCAGGUCACCCAGCUUCCUCCGACGACAGCCUCGGCCGCAGGUGCGCCUGCGACGCCCUUUCGCAUCUACGGCAGCGGUAUCCAGAAUGAGGGCGUCUUCUCCAACUUGACGGCGAAGCCCGAGCGCGGUGGUCAGACAAAGGAGGAGCAACCUCCGACGUACGAACAAGCCGCCGCUGAUGCGGCGCCACCCUACUGGGAGACGACGAUCCUGGCCCCCGGCCUCGGUGGACCCGACGAAGUCUACAUCGACGGAAUGCCGGUCGGUUCCCUCUUCAGCUUCCUCUGGAACGGCAUGAUCUCCAUGUCGUUCCAGAUUGUCGGGUUCAUCCUCACCUACCUUCUACACUCGACUCACGCCGCCAAGAACGGAUCACGCGCCGGCCUCGGUAUCACGUUGAUCCAGUACGGUUUCUACAUGAAGGGCACGACGGAAGGCGACCACCCGCCCAAGAUGAACGGGCAAGACGGAUACGCGGCACCGCCGGACCCGAACUCGCACAACUUCGACCCCAACGCCGUGACGGGUGAGGGCGGCGGUGGCGUGACGGACAUUACCGGACAAGAGUGGAUUGCGUACAUUCUGAUGGUGGUCGGGUGGUUCAUUCUCAUUAGGUCUCUCAGCGACUACCUGAAGGCACGGCGCCACGAGCAACUGGUCCUGCAGAGCCCCGACCGCGGGCUCCCCGUGCCCAUCAUUGCCGAUGGCGAGUCGUCAGAGAGAGUGGUGUAG